AUGCAUACUGCAACGGCACGCGCAGUGCUGCUGCUCCUCUUCGCCGGCUUCAUCCCGUUGGCCGUCGCGUCCUCCGGCGACGUCGCCCUCCUCCUCGGCAAGCUCAAGCCGGCGCUGCAGGGCUCCGUCCCCAACGCGCAGCUCGCCACCUGGAACGCCUCCACACCGCUCUGCCUCUGGCGCGGGCUGCGCUGGUCCACGCCCGCGGGCGAGCCCCUCCGCUGCGACACCGCCGCCGCGCGGGCCAACCUCUCGCUCUCCCGCGACGCCGCGCUCCUCCUCGCCUCCAUCCGCCUCCCCGCGGCCGCGCUCGCCGGCCGCCUCCCGCCGGAGCUCGGCGCCUUCCCGGCCCUCGAGUCCGUCUACCUCGCCGCCAACGCCCUCUCCGGCGUCAUCCCCCUCGAGCUCGGCAACGCGCCGGCCCUCUCGACGCUCGACCUCGCCGGCAACGCGCUCUCCGGCGCGCUCCCGCCCUCCAUCUGGAACCUCUGCGACCGCCUCGCCGAGCUCCGCCUCCACGGCAACGCGCUCUCCGGGGCCAUCCCCGCGCCGGCGGGGCCCAACGGCACCUGCGACAGCCUCCGCCUGCUCGACCUUGGCGCCAACCGCUUCUCGGGCGGCUUCCCGUCCUUCCUCACGGCCUUCCGCGGCCUCCAGCGCCUCGACCUCGGCGGGAACCGCCUCUCCGGGCCCGUCCCGGAGUCCCUCGCCGCGAUGAGAAGCCUCCAGAUGCUCAACCUCUCCUACAACAACUUCUCCGGCCCGCUGCCUCCGGCGUUCUCGGCCUCCGCAUUCACCGAGGAGUCGUUCCUCGGGAACGGCCCGGCGCUGUGCGGCCAGCCGCUGCGCCAGCCGUGCGUGUCCCCCUCGGGGCUCAGCUCCGGCGGCGUCGCGGGGGUGGUCAUCGGGCUCAUGGCCGGGAUCGUCGUGGCGGCCUCGGUGUGCAUCGGGUGGGCGCAGGGGCGGUGGCGGCGGAACAGGGUGCGGCGCGCGGCGGAGGAGGGCGGGGAGGAGACGGAGGAGGGAGAGGGCGGCGAGGGGAAGCUGGUGGUGUUCCAGGGCGGGGAGCACCUCACGCUGGAGGAGGUGCUCAACGCCACGGGCCAGGUGGUGGAGAAGGCCAGCUACUGCACGGUUUACAAGGCCAAGCUGGCGGACGGCGGCGGCAGCAUCGAGCUGCGGCUGCUCCGCGAGGGGAGCUGCCGCGACGCGGCGUCGUGCGGCCCCGCCGUGCGCCGCAUCGGGCGCGCGCGCCACGAGAACCUGGUGCCGCUCAGGGCCUUCUACCAGGGCCGGCGCGGCGAGAAGCUGCUCGUGUACGACUACUUCCCGCACCGCACGCUCCACGACCUCCUACAUGCUGGCGGCGGGCUCGAGAGCAGGCCGGCGCUGACGUGGCCGCGGCGGCACAAGAUCGCGCUGGGCGCGGCGCGCGCGCUGGCGUACCUCCACGAGGGGCGGCACGGGGAGGCGCCGGUGGUGCACGGCAACGUGCGGUCGUCGAACGUGCUGGUGGACGAGUACUUCGUGGCGAGGGUGACGGAGUACACGGUGGUGGGCAGCAGGCUGCUGGUGCCGGCGGCGGCGGAGGCCGUGCUGGCCGCGGCCAAGGCGGACGGGUACAGGGCGCCGGAGCUGCAGUCCGCGAAGCGGUGCGGCCCGCGGACGGACGUGUACGCGUUCGGGAUACUGCUGCUGGAGGUGCUCAUGGGGAGGAAGCCCUCCUGCGCGGCCAACGCGGGCGACGACCUGCCGUCGCUGGUGAAGGCGGCCGUGCUGGAGGAGGCGACCAUGGAGGUGUUCGACGCGGAGGUGGCCAAGGGGGUGCGGAGCCUGGCGGAGGAGGGGCUCGUGCAGGCGCUGAAGCUGGCGAUGGGGUGCUGCGCGCCGGUGGCGGCGGCGAGGCCGAGCAUGGCGGAGGUGGUCCGGCAGCUGGAGGAGAACCGGCCCAAGAACAGCCGGUCGGCGCUGUACAGCCCCGCCGAGACCAGGAGCGAGGCCGGCACGCCGACGACCGCCGCCUAGCGCGCCAUAUAGCAACUACGAUUAAUUAAUUGCUCAUGAUGGUCUUCGUGUACCGCUGGUCGAUCGCCAUUCCGACAACAUCGAUCCAUCUGUCUCAGCUUUCAUGAACCAGUCAGGAAUCCUAGGAAUUCCUGAAUUAAGAUGUGUAGCACACUUGAUUAAAGAGACAAUUGCCCGAGGCAUGAUUAUGUUUGUACUGUA